AUGGCAGAUGACUACUGCAAGGUGACCGAUGACAAGGAGACAAGCUGUCAAAGCAAUUGUGAACAGCCAGACAGUGGUGCAUCGGGCAGCGAUGUGCAAAAACGUAUCAUCGGAUACUACGAGGCGUGGAACCAUGAGAAGAAAUGCAUUGGUAUGAGGAUGCAAGACAUUCCGGUCGGCAGUCUGACUCACAUCUACUACUCAUUCGGCUACAUUCGCCCAAGUACAUUCGACAUCAUUCCCAUGGACGAUGGGGAGGAGCUAUCUACUGAUACAUUCACCGAGUUUGCUAGCCUCAAACGGAAGAACCAAGGACUCAAGGUCAUUAUAGCCUUGGGGGGAUGGACAUUCAACGACAACGGUACGAUAUGGCAACCGGUGUUCAGCGACUUAGCGUCGACAUCAGCUAAGCGCGGUCUGUUCAUCAAAAAGCUCUUGACGUUCCUUAAUCGUUAUGGUUUCGAUGGGGUAGAUCUCGACUGGGAAUAUCCGGGAGCUACCGACCGUGGAGGCAAGCCUGAUGACGGUGAGAACCUUACCAAACUCAUCAAACAAAUGCGUUCCGAGUUUGAUAAGUCGGGUGGCUCGCACAAGGAGAUAUCCUUUACAGCUCCUACCAGUUACUGGUAUUUGCGACAUUUUGAUGUAAGAGCCAGCGUCCAAGCUGCGGACUUUGUCAAUGUGAUGGCAUAUGAUUUACACGGAAUCUGGGAUGCCGAGAAUCCUAUCGGAGCCCAAGUCCUCGCUCAUACCAAUCUUACCGAGAUCAACAAAGCACUAGACCUACUGUGGCGUAACCAUGUAGACCCCAAAAAGGUCAACAUGGGACUCGGUUUCUAUGGUCGGUCUUUCCAACUAGCAGAUCCUGCAUGUUCACAGCCUGGUUGUCUGUUCAAGGGUGGUGCUUCACCGGGUCCAUGCACAGCAAACUCUGGAACAUUGUCAUACUCCGAGAUUAUGGAUAUAAUCGCUCAGAAUGAUCUGACGCCAUACUACGACUAUGAGCACGGUGUAAAGUAUGUGACCUGGGGCGGCGAUCAAUGGGUAUCCUUCGACGAUCACGAGACGUUUCAACAAAAGAUCAAGUACUUCAAUGCCAUCGGACUAGGUGGCUUACUGAUCUGGGCCAUCGACUUGGAUACGAAACAGCUCGACGCACUUGAGGCAGUCCUCUACCCGGAGCCACUCGGCGUCAAAGCCGAAGGCGCUACGGCUGUGGACAACUGGCAGGAUUCCGGUACUGGGAAGUGCCGAGUAACCGACUGUGGCGUCAGCAGUUGUAAGAUUGGCGAGAUUGCUGUCACGCAAACGCAAUGCGAGGAUGAAGAUUUCUGGGAUGGGUCCUACAGGAUCUCUACAUUAUGUUGCCCCCUUGCAUCGGCUCCCAAAGCUGAGGAUUGGUAA